AUGGCGGAGAAAGAAGACUACGCGUGCAAUAACAGCUCAGAGGGCUAUCUCAGAAUCACUAAGGAAUUUCAUCAUGAAGGAGAUGUGAUGAUUGAUGUACUUUCCCCUCUUCGUAUGUUUUACACAGUCAACAAAAUUCCUCAUGCCACUCAACCAAAUUUUUACAUGGACAGUAAUCACCAAUAUAAUUAUAAGAGAUGGCAAUAUUCUUUGUCCUUCAUAUUUGCCAUUGAGGAAAUCAACAGAAAUAGUCACAUUUUACCCAACACAUCUCUAGGAUUUGACCUCUACAAUGUCAACAGCAAUCAAUGUGAUACUCUGGAGGCACCUUUUCUUUGCCUCACAGGAACAGAAACAAUGAUACCCAAUUACACAUGUAGAAGGCAGAAGAAGGUUGCUGCUAUACUUACAGGAGUAUCAUGGACAACAUCUGCUUAUAUUGGGAGACUGCUGAAUCUCUACAAAUAUCCACAGGUUUCUUAUGGGCCAUUUGACACUAUCCUGAGUGACAGACACCAGUUUUCUUCACUCUAUCAGACAGCACACAAGGACACAUCUCUGUCACACGGCAUUGUCCUUUUGAUGAUGCAUUUCAACUGGACAUGGGUAGGACUGGUUCUCAUAGAUGACCACAAUGGGGCUGAGGUUCUCUCAGAUCUGAGAGGAGAGAUGGAAAGGAACCACGUUUGUGUAGCUUUUGUAGACAUGAUUGCAGACAAUAUCAUGAUAUCAACGGCAAAUGUAGUUAUCAUUUAUGGUGACAAUGAAUCUUUAAAUUCUUUAUUCUUAUAUAUAGAGUACUUUUUAAUUCAUUGGAAAGUCUGGGUCAUGAGGUCACAAUGGGAUAUAAAUGUUGAUUCUCUCUCUUUCAUGUUGGAUUCAUUACACGGGAGUCUCAUUUUUGCACAUCAUCAUGUUGAGAUUUCUGAUUUUAGGAAGUUUAUCCAGACAUACAACCCUUCCAAAUACCCAGAUGACCAUUAUCUUGCUCUUGUUUGGCAUAAACACUUCAAUUGUUCCUUUUCUGGGCCAGAUUGUAAAUUUCUGGGUAACUGUCAACCCAAUGUUUCCUUGGAAAUGUUGCCUAGAUAUUCCUGGGUAGCGGACAUGAGUGAAGAGACUUACAAUGUAUUCAAUUCUGUAUAUGCUGUGGCUCACAGUGUCCAAGAGAUGAGCAUCAAGCAAAUGCAAAAUUAUCCCCAAGGAAUUGGAGAGGUAAACAUUAACCCAUGGGAGCUUAACCACAUUCUCAAGAAUAUGAAUUUCAAAAAUGCUGCUGGGGACACUGUGGUUCUGGACCCACACAAAAAAUUAGAUACAGAAUAUGAUAUUCUCAACCUCUGGAAUUUUCCAGUUGGUAUUAGACAAAUGAGGAAAAUUGGAACAUUUUCUCCGAAAGAUCCACAAGGCCCAGAAAUGUUUUUGUCUGACCAUAUGAUACAGUGGGCCACAGGAUUUGCAGAGCUUCCUCGCUCUGUGUGCAGUGAGAGCUGUUUUCCUGGAUUCAGAAAAUCUGCCCAGGAGGGGAGGCCUCCUUGUUGCUAUCACUGUACUCAGUGUCCACACAAUGAAAUUUCCAAUGGGACAGAUAUGGAUCAUUGCGUGAGGUGUCCAGAAAGUCAUUAUGCAAACACAGAGCAGACUCACUGCCUCGAGAAAACAGUGACCUUUCUGGCCUAUGAAGAGCCUUUGGGGAUGGCACUGACCUCCUUGGCCCUGAGCUUCUCUGCGCUCACAGCUGGUGUUCUUGGUGUCUUUGUGAAGUACCACCACACUCCCAUAAUCAAGGCAAACAAUCAGGCUCUCACUUACAUCCUACUCAUCACUCUGACUUUCUGUUUCCUCUGUCCCUUGCUCUACAUUGGCCACCCCAAUACAGCCACCUGUAUCCUGCAGCAGAGCACAUUUGCAGUUCUGUUCACGGUGGCUCUCUCCACAGUCUUGGCCAAAAGUGUUACUGUGGUUCUGGCUUUCAGGAUCAGAGUUCCAGGGAGAUUGAUAAGGUGGAUAAUGAUAUCAAAGACUCCUAACUUCAUCAUUCCCAUCUGCACCCUCAACCAACUUGUGCUCUGUGGAAUUUGGCUGAGAACCACUCCUCCCUUUGUUGACUCAGAUGCUUACUCAAAGCAUGGACACAUAAUUAUUAUAUGCAACAAGGGCUCCACUAUUGCCUUCCAUUCUCUCCUGGGUUACCUUGGCUCCAUGGCACUUGGGAGCUACACUAUGGCAUACCUGUGCAGGAACCUGCCCGACACAUUCAAUGAAGCCAAGUUCAUGUCCUUCAGCAUGUUGAUUUUCCUCAGUGUGUGGGUCACCUUCCUUCCUGUCUACCACAGCAUCAAGGGGAAACAUGUGGUUGCCAUGGAAAUCUUCUCUAUCUUGGUUUCUAGUGCAGGUCUCCUAGGAUGUAUCUUUGUCCCCAAGUGCUAUAUUAUUUUGUUCAGACCACAUAGGAAUGUGCUUCAUCAUGUUAGGAACAAAGCACAUUCUAGAGGAAAAGUUGACUAUACACUUUAG